AUGAAAAAUAGUCAAGAAGUUAAAAAACCUGAGCAUUCUUAAUUAUAGUAAACCUCUUAUCAAGCUUCAUCAUAAUCUUAGGUUUCAUAAAUAGGAAGUUUUGGAGUUAAUGGAAAUUUUAACAGUAUUAAUAUAAAAAAAUUGGUUUAGUAGAGUAAUAAUUAUUGGCAUGCAGAGAGAAAUUUUUUUAAUUCUGAUAAAAACAGGAAUGGAAUUGAUGAAUUAGAGAGAAUGGCUAAUUCUAUAGAGAAUAUUCUCACUCCAAAAGGAAACUUUAAAUAAUAAGAAUUGAAUAAAUAUGCAUAUGAAAGUGAUUAAAAUAUAUUAAACACUUCAAAUUUUUUGCAUAGAGAUUCAUUUUGUGCUGAUAUGCAUGAAUGGCCUGACUAGUCGAUUGAUGAAAGAGAAAAUGUAAUGUAAAAUUAUGAAAAAAGGAAUAUCUAUACUCAUAAUAUUGGAGUUGGUUAAAAGAAGAAAUCAGAAGAAAACUUUGAUAACAUCACUGGAAUAAUUUCAAAUACUGCUUAAAGAAGUUUAACAAAUUAGGCUAAUAAAACUAAUGAAGGAAAUCAUAGAAGAAUAUAAAGUGUAUAAAGUGAUAUAAAGACAACGCAAAUAUAGAAUAACUUAGGUACUAAACAUAAUUUACCUCAUGGAUAACAUUUAGGAUAGGGAUAAAAUAGUUUAAGUAAUAUCAGUUUAAAUGGUACAACUAAUUUAAACAGUUAAAGCUCAGGAAAUAUAAAUGCAAUUAUGUCUAAUCAUAAAAAUAAUCAAAUGAAAAACACAAUGAUGGUGAAUAUGAAUGUUAAUCGAAAUUAUAUAAAUAAUGCGAAUAAUAAUCAAAAUAAUAUGAAUUCAAAUAAUAUUCCUAAUUAGGCAAGCAAUCAAAAUUAUUGUUCCAAUCAGACAGGUUUUUCAUAAAAAAAGCUGCAAGAUAUCACGUUUUCUUUUAAUUAUGUAAAAAAAGGUGCAUCAUCGAUUUCUAAAAAUAUAUUUUCUUUUAAUACAUCCACUCUUCAAAUAGUUGAUCUAUCUUUCAACAAAUUUAGAGAUAUUCCUGCAGAAAUAUUAGAUUUCCCUAAUCUAAGAGUACUAAAAUUAGAUACUAACUUAAUUAAAGUUCUAAAUCCUGACUUAUUUCUCAAAGUAAAAUUAGAAUAUUUCUCUAUAAGCAAUAAUUUGUUAUUUGAAAUACCACAAUUAAUUACUCAAUGGAGUGAAACCUUAAAAUAUUUAGAUGUCUCUUUAAAUAGAAUAGAAGAAUUAUCUGUUUUACCCUCCUUAAAAAGAUUAUAAUCACUUCACAUUCACAACAAUGACUUUAGGUUUAUUCCUUGCAUGAUUUCUAAUUUUGAAAAUUCGCUUUUAGAGCUUAGCCUUGACUGGUUUCAAUAUACAAACCCUCCUCUUUAGUUGAGAUAGAGUGGAUUACAUGGUGCAAAAAUUAUCUAAAAGCUAAUGCAUUUUUUGAAAAUGUAUUCUAAAUAAGAUAAUUCCAUUUAGUAUAUAAUUUAAAAGUAUAGAUAUUCAUCUUAAAAACAAGACUGUGCAGAUGUUAACUUUAUAGAGGUUGUUGCUUAUCUCAGUAAUUAAAAUAUCCCUUUUGACAUAAAUUUUAGAGAUCCAAAAGACAGCAAUAAGUGCCUAUCUCAUAAGGCAGCUGAAAGAGAAGAAAUUGGAUGUUUAAUUUCCAUUUUGGAAAAAGAGUACAACUUAAUUAAUGCUAUUGAUAAUGACAACCACACUCCUCUUUCUCUAAGUAUCCUCCAUGAAAAAUUCUUUAGCGCAAAAACACUUAUUUCAAAUGGAGCCAACGUAAACUUAGGAGGUUCUUAAUAUGGAACUUGUUUGAAUUUAGCAACUAUAAAAUAUUAAUAUUACUUAGUUUAAGAUUUACUGAAGAGAGGAGCAAAUCCGAAUGGAGCAGACAAUGAAGGAAACACUCCUCUUCAUUACAUAAUGACUAUUUUUCAUAGAGAUAAAUCUUACUCUUCAAAGAUAUGUGACCUCUUACUUUAAUUUAGAGCUGACCCAAACAUUAAAAACAAAGAUGGUUGGGCUCCUAUUCAUUUAGUUGCACGAAGAGGGUAAUCAGAUGCCUUCGAAUAUAUUUAAACUUACAACAAGUAUUUGACAGAAAAUAAUUACUAAAAUAAAAGACUUCCAGAAUUUGCAAAUCUUCCUGGCGUCAAAGACGGAAGUCUAAUGAACUAAUAAAAGACAUUAAAUACAAUAAUUUAACUGAAAGAUUCAUAAAAUGUUUCAGGUUGUUUAUAAUAUAUGCCUUUUCACAUAAAUUUGAAAGGAGGAAAGGAUAAGUAAUCACCUUUGCAUAUCGCUUGCAUGCACAGCUGCUAUGACAUAGUUAAAGAACUCCUCGAGAGCGGAGCAGAUAUCUUUUCAAGGAAUUUAAACAAUAAAACUCCUCUCCAUUUGUGCAUGAAGGAUAAUUAUCUUUAUAAACUGUUGAAAAUGAAAGAAAGCGAAAUUUUUUACUAAUUUUAUUCUUUACACAGACAAAUAUAAAUUACCUCACCUACACUUUACACUUAAGAAACUCCUAUCAAAAAUAAUAUAUUAAAUAGAACUAACACUUAGUAAUCUUACAAUUUACAGUCUUCUAAAAGAUAAUUGUUUUAAGAAAAUCAGCCAAUUUAAUCAAAUAACAAUACUAACUAGCCUAUUUUAAAUUCGUAGUAAAAAGCUGGAACUAAUCAUUCUAAUAUGAGUUUGAGUAGCUUUAACGCUUAGUAAUAGGGCCAAUAGCAAAAUAUAAAUAAAAAUAACUUUUCUAAUUAAGCUUUAUAAGUGGCUAAUAUAAUUUAAAAUAAUUUAGGCUAACUUGUUAAUUAAAAUAAUCAAGUUAUGCCAGGUAACGACCAAAAAAAUUCACAAUCUAAUAGUGAUUUUAUCAGACCUAAUUCUUUAUCAUAAAAUUCAAAAUAAUAAUCAAAAAAUUAAUUGUCUAAUAAUAUUAAUUUUGAUGAUUGUGAUGUAGAGAUUUCAGAUAGAGAUGACGAUGAAAAAAGGGACCCAAGGACUGAUUAAUUGAGCAUAAAAAAGAACAAAAAAAUGGAAGAUAAUGAAGAAAACGAAUAUGAUGUUAGCGAAAGCUAACUCACAAAUAGAGCAGCUAAUUUUUAAAAUUUGUAAGGACUCAACGUAAAAGAAAAUAGUAAAAAUUAUAACUACAUAUAAAACUUCGAAUAGAAAUUUAAGGAUAGCUAGUAGAGUGAUUUGAACAGAAUUUAGAAAGGUUAAUUAAUAAGAAAUUCUCCACUUUUAAGUAAGUAGAAGUUUAAAAGCGGAGAAGAGCAAAACGAAUGCUUAAGAGCUGAUGAGUUUGAAGGUGAAUAUGAUGAUGCUUGUGUUGAUCAUGAAGAUGACUCCAUUAAUAAAUAACUAAACGAUCAUCUCCCAAGUAAUCCUAACUAUUUCUAACAAAACUAAAUACAGUAAAGCUCUCUCUCUUAUGCUACUAAUUAAAAAUAAUUGAACUAGAAUUAUUAAAUAGAUUUCCAUCAAUAAGAAAUAAAUUCUUUAUUCAAUCAAAAAUUAAAUUAUUUAAAUGAAGAAUGUGAUGAAGAACUAAACAAGGAAGAGGAAUUUUUUAAUGCUGAUAUAGAUGAGUCUAAAAGUAUGCUAGAAUUAAUAAGUACGAAAAAGAAAAUAAUGAACUAAUCUCUGCCUUAUGCUCCAAACAAUAUUUAGCAAUUAAAUUAUAUUUAGACAGUUAACAGAACCAAUAUUUAAAAAAUCUAAGCAUCAAAAGCUAACCAUUCAAGAAGCAAAAGCAACAUUGAAGGAAACUUUUUAUCAAAAAUAUCUGAAAAUUAAUAGAAAGCUGCAUACUCAAACAGCCAAGUUUAGAAACAGCAUUUCAAAAACUAAACAAAAGAUGAUCUUGUAUUUUAAAAAUAAAAUCCUCAAAAAGGACUAAUAAAGGAAGAUGGAUUAGAUGCUCCCCCUUAAAUUAUAACACCCUAGCAUAUAAGUUUUUUUAACUAUUUGCUUGAAAAAACAAAAAAUAUGCAUGAGUAUUAUAGUGUUUCUCUGUAAAACUAUAAAAAAGGUAUCUUGAGCGAGUUUAAUACACUUUAUGAGAAAUUUAGAUACUUUGUCAUAAUGAUGAAGUUGUAAGUUGAGUAUCAGAAUAUGAUCCUACACUUAAAUAAUGAAAAAGAAAUGCUUUAGUCUAUCUUAGGAGAAAAUUCUAUUUUAAGUCUGGGUGCUAUUGAUAGGAGUAAUAGCAACUUGAUGAUUAUGAAAAUGCUUCUGGAAAUAGCUGAGAAUCUCAAAUGUGAAAGCCAUUCCCUUUUGCUAGUGUAAAAAGAUUAUCCAACUCCAACUGAGUAAAAUUUCUUUGGCUCAGUAAUUAAUAUAAACAAUAAUAUCACAUACUGGAUGCGCCAAUAUGAAGAAACGAUUCAUGAUACUAUCACUUAGACUCAGAGCAAUUUCUAAGAGGAUUAAAAUGACGUAAUAGAAUUAGUUCAAAACAAAAAAAGAGAAGAAAAAUAGAAUGAUAAUGGCUAAAAUCAAAAAGAUCUUUAAGAAGAUAUUAAACUGUAUGAAAGAGAAAAUAGUAUCUUAAAAGAAAAUAUUAUUUAUUAGCUAGGAAACUAUGAUUUCAAUGAAGCAAUUAAUUAUCUUGAAAAGGAAAUCAAAUCAGAAGAUACAAGCAUAAUAAAUGCAUUUGAAGCAUGCCAAUCAUUUUUUUAAAUAAGAGAGAGUCUUUACUAGAAAUAAUCAGAUUUAAACAAUAACAAACAAAGAAAAAAUUAGAUCAGCAACAUUUAACCAUAGCCAAAGACUUAUCAAGAUGAUUCUAAAGCUCUUUUCACAUUUCCUUCUAAUCUAAUAAGUAGUAAAUAAUAUAAAGUUAGUAAGUAAUUAAAUUCUAACUCAGUAUCUUAAUUAUCUUCUUUAUAAGAACUUAAUGGCAGUAAAAACCAAAUUAAAUAACAAAACACCGAAGCAAGUGGUAAGAAUUAAUUAAUCAAUAUAAUAUCUGGUAAAAAUUCUUAGAAUACUUCAAUAAUAUUUGGCAGUGAUUAAUAAGAUACAUUAAAUAGUUAAAAGUCAAAUAUUUCUCAACAGCAUGAAAAGUCUGGUUUGAAUUAAGGAUUUUAAUAUUAGACUUAAUUUAAUAACAACUUCCUUAAUAAGUACUAAACUAAUUUAUAGUAAAUUAAUAACAAUUCUAAUCUUCAAAAAUAGUAACAACUAGAACACGCUUAAAAUAAAAAAAACGAUAGUUCCUAAACUAAUUUAAACGGUGUGACAGAUAUCAUUUUAUCUAAUCCUGAUAUCCACGCGACUAAACCUUUAGUUUCCUAAUAAAACUAAAAAUUCAUGAAGCAUAAUGAAAAUCAUUAAUUUUAUAGUCUAGCUUAAAAGCAGUAAGUUUUAGCAGAAAAAGCUCUAAAUAAGUAGUUGAGUACACAUUCAACUGGAUAAUCGUAAAUAAGAGAUAAAAUUUUCUCAAACGAUCAUUUUAGUAUCUUUGAAAAAAAGCAGAGUUUAAAUACAAAUAAUAAUUAACUAAAAAAAGAUAAUCCUAAAACUAAUACAAUCAACAAUACCUAAGCUUCUGAAGAUGAUUCAAACAAUAAUAGCUUUAACUUGAUAGCUCCAAUAGGAGCAAAGUUAGAUUCCAUUAAUAACCUCUACAUAGAGCCUUAAUAAUAAGAAGUUAAAUAAUAGAACAAAAUAUUUUAAUUCUAACAAAUUAAAUAGUAGUAGCAGCAACAACAAUACACCUUAAUCCCAAUAUCAUAAUUAAAAACUGCUCAAAAUAAAAAAUGA